UUUUCUCAUUUAUUCACUCUCAAACCCACCUCCAAAAACAACUGAAACAAAAACAGAUGGCAUGGAGGCAAUCGCAACACACAUUUUUAAAUCGAAAUCUGAUUUUUUCUUCAUUAUUUCCUUCCAAAUCAUUUUCUGCUAAUUUUUCUUCCAAAUCAAAUCCUUAUCACGUGAAGGUAGGUAUACCUGAGUUUCUAAACGGGAUAGGGAACGGAGUGGAGACAUAUGCCGAAAAACUCGAAGCCGAAUUCGGCGAUUUGCAGAAUCUGUUAGUUGCUCGUUCUAUGAAGCUUAAGAAACUUAAUGUUGGUGCUGAUCCUAAAGUUUGCAAACAUAGGAAGCUGAUUUUGAAGUAUGCUCACAAGUACCGGCUUGGACUUUGGAGGCCACGAGUCGAAGUUCCAAAGGCCGAUAAAUGAGAGUGCAUCUCUUUGUUGCUGGGCCAUAGAAAUGUUUCUUUAGAUAGUAUUCGAGAAUCUGAACUUGUUUGCUAGUAGCUAAUCUUGUUUUGUUUUCCGUAAUUCCAAUAAGCGUUUUGGGAUUUAUUAAGCAAAAUUCUUGGAAUUAUAAAGUAGCCUUGAGGGUGUUAUGAUGUUAGGAGCCUUGCAAUCAUUCAAUGGUCAGAGAUAUCCGCAUUAUGCCAACCAGAUAAUUAGUAUGUGCACAAGUGAGAGUCUGGUAAUAUUUAUAAAAUCGGUAUCCGAUUUAUGUUUGAUAAACUGAUUUAUUAAGAUGAAGUUAAAUGGUAUUAUUGUUUCUUAAAACGAAUAUAAAAUCUAGUUCAUGUAGUUUGUUUGUUGAAGCUUCAAACUCUAAA